GUCGAGAAUGUAUGGGCACACGGAAGACUCAUAGACCCGCCAUCGAGAUCCAGCGCCUGGAGGUUUGGCUACAAAACCAAAAUCAAUUACAACGAUAACGAACUAUUUUGCGGCGGUUUUACGAGACAAUGGAAACGAAACGGCGGAAAGUGUGGUAUAUGUGGCGACCCAUACGAUGGCAAACGUGAUAAUGAGACACCAAACGGGAAAUACGCCAAAACCUUGGCCAUCACCAGGACCUACAUAAGCGGCCAAACCAUUGCAGCCAAAGUUCAGUUAACCGCCAAUCAUAACGGAUUCUUUGUGUUCAAAGUGUGUCCAGCGGUUAAUGACAGUCAAGAAGUGACUCAACAAUGUUUGGAUAGGUUUGCCCUCAAUGUGUUGGACCCGCAGAACAGUUCAGACAAGUAUACCGUUCCCUCGCCUAAGGCCGAAACCUUUACGAUUGACCUCAAACUGCCCGAUGGGUUGGCGUGCGAUCGGUGUGUGUUUCAGUGGACAUACACUUCGGCCAAUAAUUGGGGAAAAUGUGACAAUGGGUUGAGUGCUGUGGGAUGUGGUCCUCAGGAGACGUUCAGAGGUUGCGCUGAUGUCCGCAUUUUAGCUCAUAAUAACACUCUUAAUGAGACAGAGAUGACAACAACUCCUCAUUAUGUGGUCCCGGAUAGUGAUCCUAACGAUGAGACCCUGAAUACGAUUGAGUCCAAGCGGGUGCUGACCACUACUGACUCCUCCUAUACUCCUAUCAAAUAUAAUGAUAAUUCAAAGCGAGUUCUGACAGCCGCCCACCCCUUCUAUACUCCCGUUGAAUAUAAUGAUAUCAAAAGGGAAAGUGGCUGUAAAUCGACGGGCAUUUGGAGGGCAGUGCCAAAUAUGGAUGAUUGGUGUCGGACUAACUGUGCCCUCAAUUAUUGUCCUCAAUCUCAUUGUACAUGUAAUCAUAACUAA